AGAUUUUAUAAUUUAAAAUAAAAAAUAAUAUUAUAAUCUUUAAAAAAUGAUUUACGUGCUUUAUUUGGAAAACGAACAUUGAAAUUUUCGACAGAAGUAAAUUAGAAAUUAACGAUGCAAAUAUUAGAUCUUACAUUUAGAAUAUUAAUGAUUUGUGGAUGCUGGAUGCCAGAUACUUGGACGACACCGUAUAAACGGUUAGUUUAUUAUGUAUACACUAUUUUCAUAAUGCUGCUUGUACAUUCGUUUAUGCUAUCACAAUUGAUGGAUCUAAUUUUGACCGUGGAUAAUACCGACGAUUUUACUGAUAAUUUCUAUAUGCUACUUGCAAUGUUUGUUUCUUGCUGUAAGAUGCUCACUCUGUUGAUAAAUCGCAGUAACAUUGCGAUGUUAAUUGAUAUUCUUGUAAGAAAACCAUGUAAACCGGUUCAGUCUGACGAAAUUGAAAUUCAGCAGAAAUUUGAUAAACAUGUGCAGACAAACACGCUUUGGUACGCCUUUUUUGUUGAAACAACGUGUCUAUGCAUUGCCGUAACGUCAUUACUGACAGAAUUCAGAAAAAAAAGAUUAACAUUUAGGGCAUGGUUGCCAUUUGACUAUUCCUCAUCGUCAUUGUUUCGCAUUGUAUACGUGCAUCAAUUAAUAAGUCUGACAGCCGGAUCUAUUCUCCAUAUUGCUUGUGACGGUCUCAUAUGUGGAUUCUUAGUGCACAUUUGCUGUCAGAUAGAAAUAAUCGAAUGCCGUUUGCGAAAAGUCGCACACGAUCGGAAUAUUCUUCGCCAAUCCGUUUUGCAACAUGAUAAUAUAUUCAAAUUUGCCAAUUUAGUAAAUGAAAAAUUUAGAUUUACUAUUAUUAUACAGUUUAUUGUGAGUACAUUGGUAGUAUGUUUUAAUCUUUUCCAAUUUACUAAGUCAACCGGAUUAAAAGCACAGUACAUGCAAUUAAUAAUGUAUACGGGUUGCAUGUUAACACAAAUUUUUUUUUAUUGCUGGUAUGGUAACGAAGUUAUGUUGAAGAGCCGUUAUCUGGUUAAUUGCAUAUUUGAAAUGGAGUGGUUUGGAUUAAAUAAACAUACUAAACAAUCUUUAUUAAUGAUUAUGAGACGAAGUUCAAAACCAAUCGAACUUACCAGUGCUUACGUUAUCUCGAUGAAUCUUGAUUCAUUUGUGGGUUUACUCAAAACGUCAUAUUCAGCUUACAACAUAUUGAAGCAAAUAUAAGAACGGCAGAAAUACAGAGAAAGUAAAA